AAAACGUUUAGUGCAAUUGUUGAUGUUGUCACCGUGAAGGCACACAAUUCCUCAACAUGGACCUCAAUAAUCAAUUAACAUAAUAGCCCCUUCAUUAAGCAAGCAUUUGACUUUCAUUCCUAUAAAUUCACAACUAGAUUUUACAACCCUCAUCAUCACCAACACAUUCAACUCUCUCUCCUUUAAUUUUAAAUAAGGAUACAAAGAUGGAGAUCUCGAAAACCCUUUUGCUUGUGAUUUCUCUUGUGGCUGCAACUUGUUUCUUGCAAGCCAAGGCAGCUGGAGUUUACUGUACCAACCCUAAAUCUCGGUGCUAUUACAAGACCAUUCAAUGUCCAGAAGAAUGUCCAAGCACAACCGUUAUGAAUUCAAAGAACAAAGUUUGCUACGCCGAUUGCGAUAGACCCACUUGCAGCGCCCAAUGCCGGAUGAGGAAACCAAACUGUAACAAACCUGGAUCAGCUUGUUAUGACCCGAGGUUCAUUGGAGGAGACGGCAUUGUGUUUUACUUUCAUGGAAAGAGCAAUGAAGAGUUCAGCCUCGUCUCUGACUCUGACCUUCAGAUCAAUGGUAGGUUCAUUGGCCACAGACCCGCUGGUCGUGCCAGAGACUUCACAUGGAUCCAAGCUCUCGGAUUCCUCUUCAACUCCCACAAGUUCUCUCUCGAUGCCGCCAAAUCCGCCACCUGGGACAGCGAAGUAGACCAUCUCAAGUUCACUUUCGAUGGCCAAGAUCUAUCUGUCCCCGAAGAAACUCUCGCCACCUGGUACUCACCGAACAAGGACAUCAAGAUCGAGAGAGUGACUAUGAAAAACAGCGUGAUCGUGACAAUCAAAGACAAGGCCGAGAUCAUGGUCAAUGUUGUUCCAGUGACAAAAGAAGACGACAGGAUCCACAGCUACAAAGUACCAUCAGAUGAUUGUUUUGCUCAUCUUGAGGUUCAGUUCAAAUUCUUCAACCUUUCACCAAAGGUCGAUGGAAUCUUAGGACGAACCUACAAACCGGACUUCCAGAAUCCGGCUAAGCCUGGAGUCGCAAUGCCAGUGGUUGGUGGUGAAGACAGCUUCAAGACCUCAUCUCUCCUCUCCAAUGACUGUAAAACUUGCAUCUUCUCUGGAUCACAACAAGCAGAGAUUGAUUCUGUUAAGUCAGAGAUUGAAUAUGCUACUUUGGAUUGUACCCGUGGAGCGUCUUCUGGUAAUGGAAUCAUCUGCAGGAAGUAAAGAAUCACAGAAGAAUAAUACCAGAGAGCACUAGCUUCUGCUGGAGGUUUUUAAGUAUAAAUAAGUGUUGGAUAAACCUUACUAUGUACCACUUAUGCAAUGUAUUAUCCACCAUGUAUUCCAGUUUGUAUUAAGCUAAUCAUUGUUAAUGAUAUGUAAUAUUCAUAAACACUGCGUAAUCACCAGUCCCAAAACAACAAGUUCAUGAAGAGCAGAGAAAGAAACUAUCAAUAAACAAAUAUGUUAGUUAGCAAAUGCAAAGUUAACAAAAGCGGGGAUAGCUCAGUUGGGAGAGCGUCAGACUGAAGAUCUGAAGGUCGCGUGUUCGAUCCACGCUCACCGCAUUGUUUUGUAGUUUUUAAAAAAUUGUUCUUCCUAAACAUGUUGUGCUUGUGAGGAGACUUGGGCGCUCAGGUUCGAAUUUGCAUCUGUCUAUUAGACUAUGCUAAAAAUCACAUUCAUAUUUUUCUAAAUUUUAGAUCGGAUUCGGUUAGAUUUUUCUCGUGUUUAGUUUGGAUUGGGUUAUAUCUGAAUACCUUAAAUUAUUCUAAAAUUUUGAUACAAAUAAAAAAACUAGCAAACUAUCUAAAAAGUUGAAAGCAUUAAAUCAGUUUAAAGCAAAUUUUCAAAAUAUCUUUAAACUAUGUGUUUUGCCCGCAGACCGCAGUUGCGGGUUUAAUAAUUUUACAAAAGUAUGUAAAUAGAUAUAUAUAUAAAACCCAUUAGAAUAAAUUAUUUUCAUGCUUUUGAUAAAUAUAUUUUACUAACUUAAGAUAAUUUUGGGUACUACUUCGGAUUUCAGUUCGGUUUAUACCUGAUAUCCAAAAUAUUUGAUCCUUAAAUCUAAUUUCGAGAUUAUUUUUAAAAUGGUUUGGAUUGGAUUUGAGUUUUUUUUUUUCGAUUCCGUUUAGAUAUUGUGUUUAGUUACAAUCAACUUAGAAUUUAGAAACACACAUAUGCUACUUGUGAC